UUUUCACAUUUUGCACCAAAAUGGCACUAGUUUGUGCUUUAAAAAAAGAAAGAAGAGAAAACAGAAACUCUAAUGACCUAAUCCUCUUUUUCCUUUAUUGAGCAAUGAGCACUCAUUCACUCACAACUACUAGCAACUAGCAACAGCAUCAAGCUCCUCCAUCACUCCGUCAAUUGCUUCGUUCAGCUACCACCUUUCUCACUACUAUCAUCUCCACCACUGUUCGAAGUCACCGUUCACUUGCUCUCGUUACUCCGUCAUUCUCGUCCACUAUCAUCUCCUCACUUUGGCACUUGCUCUUGUCUCGCGUCGUUCCUCCAUCGUGCAAAGUCAUUGUUUCGCCGCGCCAGCUCUGUUCCACCACACUCUAGCCCUUCUCUACUUCAGCCAUCCAGUUCUCCCUCACCUCUGUGCUCUAGAAGGUAUGCAACACCAACACAUGGGGGCAUACUGACGCAGCACGUGGAUGGCAAAUUGACACCACGUGGGGGCAUGUUGCUGACAUGCCAUUGUAUGAUUCGAGGGCAGCUUCAACACGUGGGGGCGUGUUGAUGAUAUGUCGAAGUGUGAUUCAAGGGCAGCUUCAGCACAUGGGGCGUGUUGCUAACAUGUUGCUUUGUGAUUCGAUAGCGAUGCAACACGUGGUGUGCAUGUUGGGUACUUUCUCUAUAUAAGGGCAAACUCGGUACCAUUUUAUUGCAAAGAAAAGAGUUGUUUGAGUGUAUUUCUGGUGUGAUGGAGGGUACUGCAAACUUGGUAGUGUAUCGCAACAGUGAGAUUAUAUAGAAUACUCAUGAGGAAAUAAAGUUUGUGUGUCAGAAUCCAUUUUCGUUUGUGGUUCCAUGUACCAUGAUGUUCAUGGAGCUUCAGAAUGGUCUCUGUCAAAGCAUGGAGAACGGUAUGUUAAGGAGAGUGAGCAGUAUUCUGUAUUAGAAUCCUGUUAUAGUCUUUGAUGGUCUAAUACAGUUUGAUAUUAUGCCGAUCAUUAACAAAGCGAGUAUGCAGAAUAUAUUCUAUAUUCAAUGGCAGACUCAGGUGCAACAGCCACAGAUUGAGUUUUAUGUUGACUUUGAAAACGUAGAGGCAAAUGAGAUUCAAAAUGAUUCAGAUAUAGUGGAUGAUAGAGCUGCAGUGUACGAAAGAAUGAACAGUUACAACGAAGAAGACUUCGAAGCUACUUAUGAAGCCGGCGAUGAAGACGAGAAUGGUGAUGUGGGAGUUGAGGCAGCAAUGGAGAGUGUAGUGGUUCCUUCUGCAGUUAGUCAACUGAUGGAUAUUCCAUCUUUUAUGCGUAAUUUGAAUUUUGACGCGAUGCAUGCAUCGGAGUUCCCAGAAUAUGUAAACAUAGGUGUUGCUAAUCUUGAGGAUGGAGAGUUCAGGAUUGGAAUGGAAUAUAGUUCUAGAAAGUCGGUCGUUGCAGCAAUUAGAGGUUAUACUAUCUCUAGAGGAAUCAACUACAAUGUGUAUGAGUCUGAACCAUAGACGUUCUAUGCAAAAUGCAAGACGUAUGGGUGUGGGUGUAAUUGAUUAAUCCGAGCCAACUUGAUACGGAAAAAAGGUUGUUGGGAGAUAUGGAGAUACAACGGUAGGCACACGUGCACCAUAAGAACGAUUUCACAUGAUCAUUCCAAGUUGGACUCGGAUACAGUUGCUGAGGCUAUAAGGCCAUUGGUUGAGACUGACCCAUCCAUCUAGGUAAAAUCUAUAAUUGCGAAAGUCUAGUCAAGGUUCAACUACACUAUCAGUCACCGCAUAUUUUGAAGUUUCAACCCAUGCAUUAGAGCGUUCAAGAAUUGCAAGCCUCUAAUUCAAGUUGACGACACACACCUUUAUAGAAAAUACAAAGGUGCACUUUUGGUUGUUGUAGCACAAGAUGGUAACCAGAACAUUGUGCCUAUCGAUUUUGUCCCAGUGGAGGGGGAGACCGCUGAUGCAUAGCACUUUUUUCUGAGUAAUUUACAAAGGCAUGUUGUUAGAAGAGAUGGUGUGGGUAUAAUCUCAGACCGACAUGAGUCAAUCCAAACAACAAUAAAUCGUUCCGGAGGUGAUUGAAAACCUCCAAGAGCAUGUUGGAUGUUUUGUAUUAGACAUAUCAGUAGCAACUUCUUAAGGGCAUUUAAAUUUUCUCACUUGCAAAAGUUUGUGGUCAACAGUGGAUAUUCAAGGACGGUGGAGGAGACAUCAACUAUAAGAGGUUGCAAGAGCGAGGUGAGGCAUAUGUCUGGUGGUGUGAUGCCAUUGGACUUAGAAACUGGGUAUUGGCAUUUGACGAGGAACAUCGAUGGGGCCACAUGACGACAAACCUUGUCGAGUGCAUUAAUUCAGUGCUAAAGGAUGCCCGAAACCUCCCUGUGUUGGCGCUUGUCUGAGCAACAUAUUAUCGCUUAAACGAGCUAUUUACGCAGAAGAGUGUCGAGGCUCACGAUUGCAAGUGGGCUGGAUUUACUUUCUUUGCUUUUGCACAACAGCGGAUAGAAGCAAAUAUGCAACGUGUUGGAAAUAUAGUUGUGCACCGGUUUGAUAGACGAAACGAGGUGUUUGAGGUGUGUAAUGCCUAAUGGAAAGUUGUUGGCAGUUGAUCUUGCACGACGGACGUGUGACUGUGGGCACUUUCAAAUGGAACGACUACCAUGUUGACAUGUUAUUGCUUACUGUGCCAACCAGAAGUGCCUCGAAUGGUAGUUGUAUGUGAAUGAUGUGUACAUGAUAACAGAGGUUCAUAAGGUCUACAGAUUUGAGUUCGUACCAUUAGGUGAUCCAGAGACAUGGCCUACUUAUCCAGGACUGACAUUGGUUGCUAACCCCGCCUUGCAGUGAACGUCGAAAGGUCGUCCCAAAUUGACCCGAUACCUCAAUGAAAUGGAUUCACGAGAAAUGCAUGGUCCUCGUAUAUGUCUUCUCUGUGGUAGACAGAGUCAUAGUCGGAGUCGAUGUCCUCAGCGUGCUGGACCGAGUGGAGUUGGUGAUGAUGUUGGACCUUAGAUCUUUUUUGGUUGCUGUGUUGUAUGUUUAGAGUUAAUUUUAUCAGUCAAUGUUUUUUAGGU